UUGGGCUCCAUGUGACCUCAAAGUAAUGACGACCAGUCAGACCUUCUGUGCACGUAGCAUGAGGAACUAAGGCGUCCUGAGGAUUCGUUGUACACAUCAGCGUUGCCUUCUUGUUUCCCUCAGAAAGCUUGAGAGAGUCAGUGGCUGUUUGGGUCCAAGUUGCAGAGAGACCAGAGACCGACAUCAGAUCGCUACAGCAGAACUCAUAGGAACUUUUCAUCCCUAUUCCUGCAGCACAACUAAGAACAUGAAGCUGCUGUCAGCUCUCCUGCUCUUCCUGAUUCCUGUAUGGACCAGCUGUGCGCCUCUUAUCCUUCCUGUGGAUUGCAGCGACAUCUAUAACCAUGACAACAGCAAACCCAGCGGAGUUUACACUAUCUAUCCUAUUGGGGCCACUUCGGCUGUCCAGGUGUUCUGUGACAUGGACUCUUUGGGAGGACGGUGGACAGUGUUCCAGAGGAGGAUGGACGGCUCCGUGAACUUCUACAGGCCCUGGGGUUUUUACAAGGAGGGCUUUGGGAACGCUCAUGGAGAGUACUGGCUUGGUCUGGAAAACCUCUUCCACUUAAGUAUCAGGAAAAAGUAUGAGCUGCUGGUCGACAUGGAGGAUUUUGAAGGAAAUAAGGCGUUUGCUCGUUACUCCUCAUUCUCUGUUGGCCCAGAGUCUUAUGGAUAUACUCUGCAUGUGUCUGGAUUCAGUGAUGGAGGUGCAGGAGACUCUCUAAGUCCUCAUAAUGGAUUAAAAUUUUCCACCUUUGACAAAGAUCAGGAUGGUUCUGAAAUAAAUUGUGCCAGGAUAUACCUAGGGGGGUUUUGGUACUUUGACUGUCAUUCGAACAAUCCCAAUGGGGUUUAUCGCUGGGGAGCUGAUGAUGCUCUCCACGCUGUUGGAGUGGAAUGGUCCGCGUGGAAAGGCUUCAACUAUUCAUUGAAAGCCAUCAGCUUUAAGAUUCGUCCUGUUCAGUAAAAUGACAGCAGAAAUGUUUAGCAGUGCAUCACAUUGUUUUAUUUUUUCACAUAUCUGCGAUCAUCUGCUGUUUUUCAGGUUAAGAUGUCUUUCUGCUGCUUAUAUCAUAAAAUCUGUAGGUUGUUUUUAUUGGACAAACUCUUUUUUGCAACAGCGCUGUCAUCAUUUUACCGUCAUAAAAAUUAUUUUGAGAUCUUUAAGUCCUGACAAUUUCACUUCUGUUAUGUUCACCCCAAAUUUUGCAAGUGAGGUGAUAUACAUACAAAGAUAUACUACGUUAUGACUCCCAGUAAAGAGGUAAAUCAAGUCUAAAGUAAUUACAUUUUGUGAAUUAAAUGUGAGCUUUUGUUGUUACUGAAGGCCAUGGUGUGCUGACCUUCAGUCAGAAAUGAAUUCAAUAUAAAUUUGAAUUUUCACUUCACAUGUCUUUAGCUUGACUAUUACCUGUAGCUGAAAUCAUCCUCCACUAAUCUAAAUGUAGGUUGUUUAUAUUAUCAGAACAUUUUCUUUCACUUUGUAGUCUUUAAUUCUUGGGGAGCUGAAUCACCAGUUAAAUUACACCAUAUUGCCCUUGGCUUUUCAGCUUUGUACAGUUUAAUUAUUUUCCUUUUCAUUAUAUAAAUUUCUCUGAA